AAUAAGUUAAAUUUAGGUAGAUACGCAUAUAUAUUUCCUGGCUGAGUAAAAUAUCCCAUUUUCUUUGAUAAUUGCUCAACCGGAUGUACCAAUUCAAUUUAAUCGUUAGGCUCUGAGGAGACUGAUACAUUUCAACGUUUUUGGUCUUUCCCAAUCAUUCUCAAUCCUCCUUCUCAAAGAUAUUUUUCAGCGUGUGAGGUUUCGUUUCGUGUGUGUUUCUUCAUUUCCAAUUCAGUAUCCAUGCACUAACAUGCUACCUUCUUGACCAGGUUGGAAUAUUGCUCCGGAAAAAAAAUCACACCAAAUUUUCAGAAAAUAGAGUUUCAAGGUUCAACUUUGUACUAUAAAUAAUUUAAUUGAAUUGACAAGAUGACGCUGGAAAUAUCAGAUGACGGGAAACCCCGGAAAUGGCUUAUUUUAGGAGCCUGUGGAUUCAUUGGACGACAUUUGAUCGAAUUUUUAGUUGAUAAUGAUAAAUCAUCAAAGAUUUUUGUGAUUGAUAAGACCCCACCGGAAAUUGCAUGGUUAAAUGAGAAGCAUGCAAACGUUUUUAAGAAUCCGAAAGUCGUCUUUCAAAGUGCAAACCUAAUUGCAACUAGCAGUUGCGACAAAGCUUUUGAAGGAUUGGACGAUGAUAUUGACUACGUAAUCAAUUUGGCUUCGGAGACGAGGAAAGGACAGUCAGAGCCGGUCUACAAGGAAGGGAUUCUCAAGCUGACCUCAAAUGUGAUAAACAAUGUACAGAAGAAAUUUGGGGACAGAUUGAAGUGUUACAUAGAAUUCUCUACUGGAGCUUUAUACCCGAGUGAUAAAACCCUUCACAAAGAAACUGACAAAGUGGACCAGACCUGGUCGUACGAAGUCAAGUACAAAUAUCAAGUAGAGCAGGAGCUUGCCAAAACCAUGAAGAAUUAUAUAGUCAUCCGUCCAGCAAUUGUGUAUGGACCUGGGGAUCGCACGGGCAUAACUCCAAGAUUGGUCGUUGGAGGAAUUUACAAGCAUCUCAAAGAAAUGAUGAAACUGCCAUGGACUGCCGAACUUCGAAUUAACACCAUUCAUGUGCAUGACUUGGUCCGAGCUACGUACUUUUUGUGCAAAAAUGGAAAAUAUGGAGAAAUUUACAAUAUUGUGGAUAACGGCCAAACAACCCAGGGGAAAGUGAGCAGUAUCAUUAGUGACCUUUUCAACAUUAAUCACGAUUACUGGGGUACAGCUUUCACCACAAUUGCAAAGAUGGAUGUGGUCGAUGUGUUGGAAGACAUCAACGACAAGCACAUGUCGCCAUGGGCGUCAAUUUGUGCAUCCAACGGGGUAGGAAACACGCCACUCAGUCCCUACAUUCACAGCGACGCUCUGUCCAAGAGACAUGUUUCACUGGACGGAUCAAAACUAGCAGCCGCUGGGUUUACCGAAUUCAAAUAUGACGAAGUUACAAAAAACUCUUUGGUCGAAAUCCUAGACGACUAUGUUCAACUCAACAUGUUUCCGAGGGCUUUGUUGGAGUAAAUCAAACUAACUUCUUCCAUCCAUAUUUUGUUAUUGAACAUUGCCUUUGAAUGUUCAUUAUUAAGACGAGAUGAAGGGUAUCUCUUACAAACGCGUUAUUUAUUUCAAAGGAAGAGAGAAACUAGAUACAACUUAUUUGAUUGUAACAUUAUGGUCAGUGUACAUGUUGAUUUAUGUUUAUUUGACUUUGUCCAAUAUCAAAUGUUGUUUGAUUAAUUAUUUUUGUCUACAAUAUUAUGAGAUUCAAGGAUGCAUACACCCUGAUAAAAUAUGAACCUCUGCCAAUCUUCUUUUCGUAUAAAUGUGUACGCACAAGUCACAACCAAGAAAACUUAAAUGUGUAUUUAUAACAAUGAACGAAUUGUUAAAAGAAAAAAUACAGGUACUACAUUCCGCUUGUUAAAUGUUAGUUUACUCUUAGUAAAAUAGAAACUAUGCUAGCAACAAACCUCUUUUGUGUUCAUAAAUUGGUUACAGUUUUACAAAACUCACGUUAUAUAUCUUUUUGAGUAUUUUGUUAUACUAUACAAAUAUUACGGCCAUUUAUUACAAAUGCCUGCAUUGAUAAUAAAUAAACUAUGUAUGUAUUUAUCUCUACAUAUA